ACUUGAGUCUGCGAUCUGGUCCAUGAGGAGUCCAAAACUUAUUGACGAGUUGCACCUUCCGUAAAUGUAACACAGAAGUUCAGUUUACGGUCGUCGCUGGCAGUCUCUCAACUUUUGGUUCGAAGACCCCAAUCGACUUCUUUCGCUCUUCCUCGCGCUGUGUUUCACUUCGAGGGUUUUUUUCUUUUGUUCCUCAAUGGAGGGCCCGUCUUCACACUCUUCCGAUAGUAAUCCCUCACCAUCUGCCGCUUCAGAGUUCCUCGCCAAUCUUCCCUCUCGAGGCCUCUUCUCAUCCACCGUCAUUUCUUCAAACCCGGGUGGGAUGCGGGUUUAUAUUUGUGAUCAUAAUACCUGUCCUCCAGAGGACCAACACAUUAAGACAAAUCAACAAAACAUACUGAUUAGAUCACUCACACUGAAGAAACACAAAGGUGAUUGCUGUUCAAAGGAUGGAACUGAGAGCUCAAAGAAGAGGGCUGGUGAAAAGAUUCUAGAUACCAGAACUUCAUUAAAGAGAAUGAAUAGUCAAGUGAACUCUAGACAAGCAGAGGGAUCAAACAGUCAAACUUCUACUAAGGAAAGGGACUUGCAGAGCUUGACUGUAGAGAGGCUUCGAGCUCUCUUGAAAGCUAAAGGCCUUCCGCCCAAAGGAAAGAAGGAUGAGCUCAUUGCGCGUCUAAAAAAUGCCAACGGCUAAGCAUUGCGUGGAGGGACAAAUACCCUGCCCAUGAAGCCAUAUAUGUUGUUGGAUAGGUAAGAAUAUAGUAUAUCUUUGAAUUAGGAACUAGGAAGCUUUUUGGUCAAGCAUCAGUGGUCAGUGCAAACCGGUGUUCUCGUUUCCAUGUUGUGUGGUCAAACGGUACUCUUAUGUUUUUCUGCUUAGCUUAUGUCUUGAGCUUCUUCACCAUUAGAUCAUCUCGUGAGUUUUAUGUGUAUGUAAAAGAAAUUUACACGAAUCUCAAGGAGAUCCAACGGUGAAAAACUCAUUAAGAUUUAGUUUCACCAA